CGAUGUAGAUUUUCCCUUGUGUGGGCGUAAUUUUCUAUAAAAAAAUCUUGCUAGUUAGUGAUAAUAUUAGAAAGGAAAUCUGUUCGACGAUCAAUAAUUUAAUCAUGUAGUCUAUUAUGUAUUAUCAUAAAGUUUUGUAGCUUUUACCUUAUUACAAUGAUAGCGUGUGAUGUUAGCUAUUAUAGAUUAUUUAUUAUUUUUAUUUGCGCAUAAAAUAUCUGUAUUAUCAUGGAUGUGCGAGUGAUAAUAUAAACAGUGACUAAGUUCGAAACAUAAUAAAGCGUUCACAAUGAAUCUGAUGCGUAAACUGCGUGGUGCUUCCGCGUCUGCAUCUUCAGAAUCUGCAGAAACCCCUGCAUCGUCACAUGUGCAGUUAGGCUUGAUGCAUUUGAAGAAGCUAUUUGCGGAAUAUACACACCCUCCGCAACCUCUCACUGAUGCAGAAAAGGACGACAAGUUGUACAAUAUGUUGCCCCUUUUCUGCAAAGUAUUUGGCACAAGCCCAUCGAGUGAAAUGAAUGAAAAAUUUUGGGAUAUAUUGUCAUUCUGCCAGCAAGUAUCAAAGCUCAUGGUAUCAGAGAUUAGGAAGAGGGCAAGUAACCAAAGCACAGAGGCAGCUAGUUGUGCUAUAGCAAAGUUCCUGGAAAUAGAGAAUUCUGAGGAGUCCAGCAAUGGUUGGAUGUUGCUCUCGACUUUGAACCUGUUGGCAGCUGGUGAUCAAUCUUUAAUACAGGUGAUGACUACUGCAUCCAUACCAUCAACAUUAGUGAAAUGUUUAUACCUCUUCUUUGAUCUCCCUGAGAUUCCAGCUGAAGAGGCAGAUUUACAGGAUGGGAAUAGUGAGUUUACUCCCAGGGAGAGGAGGAUCUUAUUACAAAAAAUAUUUGUACAGGUUUUAGUGAGACUAAGCAGCCACAAAUUUCCAUGUGAAGAAUUGGCUAGGAAAGAUGAUCUCAGUUUGUUGUUUUCUGCUAUAACAUCUUGGUGUGCCCCAUUCAAUAUAAUGUGGAGGAAGUCUGCUGCAGAAGUGUUGAUGACUCUGUCAAGACAUGGGUUAACACCAACUGUGGUUCAGUACAUACAUAACAAAGGUUGUGUAGGCCUAUGUAUUGAAAAUAUGCAAAGAAUUCCAGAAUUGACACCAUUAGAGGUUGUCGAAAUGUUUGUGGCAGUGUUCUGCUUCUUGAAAGAUUCGAGUGAUGUUAGUCAAUUAUUAUUAGAUGAUUUUCGAUCAUGUCAAGGAUAUCUGUUCCUGUCGGAAUUCCUUUUGAAACACGAAAGGCAGGAACCGCCAGAUUAUUUAACAUCAGGAUUAGAAGAAGAGCGAGUGAGUGGUUCAGAGGCGCGCGCCGCGCUCAGGAAUCUUGUGCUAAUGAUAUCCUCUCUAUGCGCUUGCGGUUUCUCAGAGUUGCGGCCGACUCGCGCCAACACCGAACUGUUCCAACUCCAGGGCUUCGUAUUGCCACAGCCGUCCACGCCCGGGCAGGCAGUGAGGAACGUCCAAGCGUUUCAGGUUUUGCAGUCGGUGUUUAUGAAAUCAAAUUCUGCAGCCCUGUGCUGUACGAUACUUGAUGCGAUAUCGAGCGUGUACCACGCAGACAAUGCUAACUAUUUCAUAUUGGAAAACCAAAACACCUUGAGCCAGUUUUCCGAAAGAAUAUAUACAAAAAGUGCAGAAAUACAAGAGAAGUUCUUCGAAUUACUGGAGUUUAUUGUAUUUCAGUUAAAUUUUGUACCAUGCAAGGAGUUGAUCUCUCUAUCAUUGCUUUUAAAAGCUAACAGGUCUCGAACUUGCAGUAUACUCUGUAUGAAGACUUUAUUGAAUAUUUUGAAACAUAAUGCAAUUUUCAAGGAGGUAUACCGUGAAGUUGGCAUGCUUGAAGUAUUUGUCACUUGCCUCUCACGAUAUGCUGUGUUUUUGAAAGACAAACAGAUAUUGGAGGAGGAGAAAAUUAAACGCGAGGCGGAAUCUUCUCCGAAGGCGCCAGAAAGAAGGAGACGAUUGUCUUCUAGACAAGACUCCUUAAUAAAAGAUCCGAAUAUCGAAAUUGAGGAAGAAGAGUUGGGUUCGUUGGUAAUGGAGGGUCUGACGGCUUUGUUGAAUGGAAAUACCAAUAAUUGUAACGUGUUUCGGGACUGCGGCGGCGCUAAGUGCGUGCAUGGAAUGUUGGUACAUGAAUCGUGCAGAAGCAAGGCAUUAGGUGUAAUAAGAGAACUGAUUGUGAGUGGUUCUGGCGAGGAAGAUAUGUCGACUCUUCUUUGUGGCAUGCACGCCGCGCCAAACGACGCAUUGCGACUCAAGUUGCAUAUACUGAAGGCUCUUCUAGCUUGUUUGAGGGAUUCCCAUCGCACCAGGACUAUAUUCCGGAAGGUUAGUGGGUUCGUGUACGUGACAAGUGUGCUGGUGUCGCUGGAGGGCAAGCUGGCGGGGAACGAACCCAUGGACCGCGACAUGCUGCAGCUGAUCCAUGUCGUGUUCUACACCAUCAGCACCGCCAUGCGCUUCGAGCCGGCCAACGCAAAGUUCUUCCAUCACGAGAUCUGUCAGACCACUCUGUGCGACACGAUCCGGCUGCUCGGCUGUUUUACCGACGACACGGAAUUGUUGCACGACACCGAGACCGGCGACAUACAACUCUAUGAGGUGUUCCACGAGAUAUUCACUGGGAACAUUCUGGAAAUGACUUUCCCGGAGAACAUUCCUGCGGUGUUCGUGCACGCGUGCGUCGUGUUACGUUUGUUGUAUGACGUGGCUCUAGACUCGUUCGACAAGCCGAGCUUCUGCGGCGCCCUCGACGUCAAGUCUCCGAGUCUCACCCGGCAAAGUUCCGCCAUAAAUGAGACGAAGCCAGCCGGUCGCACCGCGCCGCUAAACUUGUCCGGCAGUUCGAGUUCAGGCGAGGCGUGGGUGGUGCACGCGGGGGUGGUGAUCGUGCUGGCGCGCCUGCUGCCCGCGCUGCCGCGUCCCGCUCAACACGUCGCGCAUGCGCGCGCGCUGCGGGACUACCUCGCGCAUGUGCUCAAGAGUUUGUUGCGCAGCGAACGCAACCAGCAGGUGAUGUGCGGAUGCGGGCUGGCGGGCGCGGUGCUGGACGCGUGCAGCGCGGCGCUGCGCGCGGAGCGACACGCGCUGCACGCGCCCGCGCUCUUCCUGCUCGAGCGUCUCGCCGCGCACGCGCUGCGUCCGCUCGAGCUCAGAGAGUUCCUUCGCAUGGGGAACCCGUUGAACUGCGUGGCCCCGGAACCCGGGCAAAUAUGUAAGCCCGGGGGCCCAGUGCCGCUCACUAGGAUCAAGACGCUCGUCUCUAUGACCACGCCGAGGGAUUACAGAUCUCAAAGUUCGUGCACGCUGCCCCCAUUCGUAGAGUUCGACAUGUCGGCCGAAGGCUUCGGCUGUCUCUACCUGCCCAGUAUAGCGCCGCAGUCUGCCAAUCUGAACGCACUGGGCACACAGGACAACGCCACGCUCGGCGGUAUCGGCUCCGGUGACCGCGUGUUCCCUCCGCAGACCGGGCUCACGUACUCGACUUGGAUCUGCGUGGAGAAAUACUCCGAUCCGCGCACGGACCCGCACUGCGUACGGAUACUCACGCUAGUACGCAAUCUCAAUAACAGUCGUGAUGAGCAUUUAGUCUGCUUGACUGUGGUGCUGUCGGCACGAGACAAGGCCAUCAUUGUGUCUACCCAGGAGACGCUUGUACCUCACAAUGUAGGUGAAUGGGAGCCAGAAGGUUCAGGCGAAUGCGGCGCUCGGGUGUGGUGCCCGGACCUGCAGCACGAGGGCCAGUGGCACCAUCUGGUGCUGGUCCUCAACCGUGCCGUGCUCAAGAACUCUUCCUUCUGCUUGUAUCUCGACGGUCAGCAUAUGCACUCGGGCAAGCUCCACUACGUGAGCGCCAACCCGGGCGGGGGCGCCGCGACGCUGUCGGGGGCGUCGUGCGUGUACUGCGUGCUGGGCACCCCGCCGCAGUGGCGGCGCUACUCCCGCCUCGUGUGGCGCCAGGGGCCCGCGCUACUGCUUGAAGACGUCCUCCCAGCACAAACUGUGUCUUUGCUAUAUCAACUGGGCCCGCACUACGUCGGCACCCUACAAGCGCCCCUCCCGCCCGGGGCCAAUCAGGAACCAGUAGCGCCUUUAGUGGCCGAAGAGAAAGUCGUCUUCGGCAUCAACGCCCGAGCCAUGUCCCAACUGACUCUGGCCAAAAUCCGCAAAGUGUACAGCAAGAACGAUAACAAGGCCAUAGCUAAGCAACUCGGAAUGUCGUCUCACGAGAACGCGACGCCAAUAAGGAUAUUACAUAAUUCCGCCGGCCAUCUUAUGGGCCCGGCUAGAUGUUUGGGCGGCACCGUGGUCGGGUAUUUAGGCGUGAGGGUCUUUUGUUCUAAGCCCGCUGCUGUUAUGAUUGACACAGUCGGCGGCUGCUCAGUAUUAUUAGGAUUAAUAGCGAUGGCCCAAGACGUUGAAUGUUUGUACGCAGGCGUAAAAGCGCUAGUAUGCGUGAUUCGCUCAAACAAAGCUUUGCAGGCCGAAAUGGACCGCCGCAAAGGAUAUCAGACCCUCGCCAUGUUGUUGAAGAGGAAGAAACAGUUGCUCAAUUCACACAUUCUACAUUUGAUUUUCGGUCUCGUCGGUACUGUUGACAGUCAGAAGGAGACUUCUUCGAUACCUAACCUUACUGCUUUUCAGGAUUUGAUAUGUGAGCUUGAAGUCUGGCUCGGCGCUCCCGGCGGCCUCAUCAAGUCCCUUCUAGAGCAUUUACUAGAACUAGCAACAGAAACAGCCCACCGAACGCACAACCUACGCACAAUGAGAGAAUUACAAUUGGUGCCUAAACUCCUUUAUAUCAUAAACGACGUAAAAGUCGUCAGCACAAAAAAUGUUCUUAUACAAUUGCUAGCAGCUUUAUUAGGUGGCCAACCAAGACCCGGUGAUUUGUUAUCUCUCGGGCAAUUCAUGGCGUAUACUUUGCCGCUACCAUCACAGUCAGAAAGGGGAAUAAAUCCCAAAGAAAGCGAUUGUGAGAAAGAAUGUGAAGGGGAACAAAUUAUCCUCAGAAACAAGUGCUUUAAUGUUUUACAUGGGUUAUUAUUCACUGCGAGAAACCUAGUGAACACAAUCGUUUGUGAGGAGAUAUCGAGAGUUUUGGGCAUGGAUUGGCUAUUGAGCUUCAUGCAGGAAAAUGUACAUUCCACGAGUGUUCUAUGGGCUCUGAGAUUGUUAGUCGUCAUGUGUUCGGGACAAGGCCAACAGUCAGCCAUAUUGCAAAGAUUCCGCGAAGGAACCGGCAACGGCGGGUGGCUUCGGCAUACGGAGUUGGCUUCACCUCAACAAGCGGGUGUAAUGCUGGUGGCCACUCAUCACACCAGCUCUCAUCUCCACAUGCCCCUGCUUCAUAGUCCCGGGGAGGCGCUUCUCUCCUGGUUAUUGGUGUCGCACUUACAAAUCCCCGAGAUGUACUACCUCCUGUUCGGGCUAACUCUUGGCCAGCCAAUGCGGUCGGCCUGCAGCGAUCGCUGCGUAUCUGUGGAGAGGGUGUGGGGCGCCGCGUGGGGCUCGGGGGCGCCUCAGAGGCAAUCAUCCGCGGCCCUCGCCGCACGAAUCACGCUAUGUCCGGAAGCCGUGGUGGUGCUGUUGGCGGUCACAAGGGCGUUAAUUCAUUCCGACCCCGCGACUCUGCCGGAAUGGCUGAACGACCACCCCGUUGCUAUUAUUCAGGUCCUAUUCUCGCUAUACAACACGUUGCCCGACUUCGUCACUAUAAUGAUGACUGCGGAUGUUUUGACUGCUCUUGCCUCCACUCUCUUUCCACCAGCCGCUUCCGAAGAGAUUAAUAUGCCGAUAAACGAGAGCGGCGAAAGUUCGGGCGCGUCGACGCCCGGAUCCGAGAAGGAAGUGGUGGUGCUGAACAGCAGCGGCACGCUGAAGCAGCACGCGGCGCGCGCGGGCGUCAUGGACUUCCUCAAGGUCAUCGUGCUGGACUCGCUGCCGCUCAGCGUGUCCGGCAAGGCGGCGCCGAGCUCCACGGCCGCCGUCACAGACUCUGUGCCACCAUCAAUGUUUUGUACUUCCUGUAGCCCCUGCUCCACUCCAAGAUCAUACUUUUACUGCGUAAUCGAUCUAGUAUUGGACGCGUCACCGCCAAACGCUACAAGUCAGCAACAGAUUGAAUAUCAAACGGAAGUACUCACAACGCUGAUGGAGAACCUCCUCAAUGCAGAACUGUUCGGCUCCGAGCCCAACAUCUCCAAUGUUUGCUAUCUUGCGGCCAGGCUGGUCGACAAACUCUGGCAGGGGCAGCUGUCUAGAGACCCGCACGAGGUAUUUGAUUUCAUAGUGAAACUGGUGAUGCAAGCUAAAAAGAAGUCUUCAGUGAUAUCGCUAGAGGGACUGCACCAUUGUCUGAACAGGACGAUCUUAUACUUGCUGUCUCGCUCUACCGAUUCAAUCGCCGACCAAAUGUCGGUGCUUGAGGCGCUUCACAAACUCACCACCAAUAGGUUACUGAUAUUCGGCGCUGGCAACCACGAACUGGAGUUCAUCGGCUGCCUGAUGUACUGCCUGAUCCAGCUGAGCUGCAACAUGAAGAUCGCGCUAGACUCUCACAUGAGAACCACGUGGCACGUCAAUCCCAGCGGCGACCUUGAGUCUAGAGAUGACAAGCUCACCACGCACCAAGGUCGCAACUUAAUGGCGGGAGCAGCCCGUCGCGUUUGGGAAGAACUCUACGCUUGCAAGAAGCCUGCCAUAGAAGAAGUGUUCAAGGCCACGCUGAUCGCUCCCGGAGGCAAUGCGCGUGCGCCGGAUCUAGCUGCCGUCAGGGAACAGUUGCAUGACGCCGCGCACAAACUGUGGAUCAACUACAUCGAUACUGAGAGAAAGGCGGUGUACCGCGUGCCGUGGGAGCUUCACAACCAGAUCCAGUCUAAGAUCCAGAAAGUGACGGGCGGUCUGACGCGGCUGGCGUCCCGCACCAAGGUGAAGAAGGACGACCCCGCCAAGCUGAGGCCCGCGCCGCCGCGCGACCACGCCCUCGCCUACAUGCAGGACCACGUGCAGCUUGUUAGACAAGCGUGGAGCGGGCGCCUAGCGUUAAGCGCGUUAACAGCGUUACACACACAACGCGACGUGCAAGCGGAGUGGGCGGGCGCUUGGAGGGAACUGACCCGCGAGCGGGCGCUGUGGGGGCCCCCCACCCCCAACCCCCUGGACAAGUGGCUGCUGGACUCCACCGAGGGGCCAUGUCGCAUGAGGAAGAUGCUCAGGAGGAAUCAUCUGUUCUAUCUCCAUUAUCCUUACAGACCUGAUUUGGAAAACCCUGAUAAUAAACAACUAAAGUACAAAGUGGCCCAGAGUUUAGACAGCAAGGAAUACUACAGAGUGUAUCAACAAUGGCGCUCGGCCGGGAACAACUUGGGCGAGGCUGAUUUUAUGGACGCCGCAGACUUGCAAACCUAUGAAGAAGAAAUUACUAACAACAGAGAUGCAUCAUUAGAAGUGACCAAUGAGGAUGGAUCCCCAUCUGAUUUAGUCAGUAGCGGUGUGGUCAGUCGAGGUACCAACCAAGCAUCAGGUGAAGCUAAUGAGGACGGUCCAGAUUUAGAGGACGAGGAUGAACAACCACCGCCUCCGCCGGAUAACCAAACUCUUUUACGAUUGCUUGAACACCACGAAAAGAUAUCCCACAUGUUUCGUUGUGCAAGAAUACAAGGGCUCGACACGACUGAAGGUCUACUUCUAUUUGGGCGCGAACAUUGCUACGUCAUCGAUGGCUUCACGCUAUUGAAGAAUAGGGAAAUCAGAGAUUUGGACAGCUGCCCUGAUGAUUACGAGCCCAUACUACCUAGCCAGGGUAUCCAGAGGAGUAACCAAAGACAAUGCUCCAAAUUUCUCUAUGAAGACAUACGGGAGGUACACAAGCGGAGAUAUCUUCUCCAACCAAUAGCAUUGGAAGUAUUUUCAAGUGAUGGCAGAAAUUAUUUACUGGCCUUCCCUAGAAAAGUGAGAAAUAAGGUGUACAGCAGAUUCACGACGCUAGCGACGGGCAUGGCGGAUAGCGCAGCGGGUUCAGUGGCGGGACAGAAGCGAGGCGUGGCCGUGGAGCAACCCGGCGGCUUGCUGGCCACGCUCAUCGGGGACACGUCUGUCACGCAGCGCUGGCUGCGGGGCGAAAUUUCAAAUUUCCAAUACCUGAUGCACCUGAACACUCUGGCGGGGAGGUCUUACAACGACCUGAUGCAGUACCCGGUGUUUCCGUGGAUCCUGGCGGACUACGACUCCCUGGAGCUGGACCUCACGGACCCUAACACCUUCCGAGACCUCACGAAGCCCAUGGGUGCUCAGAGCGCGCAUAGGCUAGAGCAGUUCAGGAAAAGAUAUAAGGAAUGGGACGACCCGCACGGAGAAACCCCGCCGUACCACUAUGGCACGCACUAUUCCUCUGCGAUGAUCGUGUGCUCAUACCUAGUGAGGAUGGAGCCUUUCACACAGCACUUCCUGAGGCUUCAGGGCGGCCAUUUUGAUUUAGCUGACAGAAUGUUCCACUCCGUGAAAGAAGCGUGGAAUUCAGCAUCGCAGCAUAACAUGGCUGACGUCAAAGAGUUGAUACCGGAGUUUUUUUAUCUACCUGAAUUUCUAGUCAAUUCAAAUAAUUUCGAUUUAGGCAGCAAACAAUCGGGCGUGGCAUUGGGCGACGUAGUGCUACCACCGUGGGCUAAGGGUGACCCGCGCGAGUUCAUCAGAGUCCACCGCGCGGCGCUCGAGUCCGACUUCGUGUCACAACGCCUGCACCACUGGAUAGACCUGGUGUUCGGGCACAAGCAGCAGGGGCCGGCGUGUGUGGACGCCUGCAAUGUGUUCCACCAUCUGUUCUACGAGGGCAACGUCGAUAUCUACAACAUCGACGACCCGCUAAAGAAGAACGCGACGAUAGGAUUCAUAAACAAUUUCGGUCAGAUACCGAAGCAGUUGUUCAAGAAAGCGCACCCCAGCAAGAAGAUGUCGCAGCGGAGCUCCACCAUCCUAGAUCCGAACAACAUCAUCCCGUCGCAGGGCAUCACGCCGCCGGAGAAGUUGUUCUUCCAUAACCUGGACAACUUGAGGCCUUCGCUGCAGCCUGUUAAAGAGGUGAAAGGCCCAGUGGGACAGAUACUUUACACAGACAAGGCUAUAUUGGCCGUGGAGCAGAACAAAGUGCUAAUGCCGCCGACGUACAACAAAUACGUGGCGUGGGGCUUCGCAGACCACUCUCUGCGGAUCGGCAAUUAUGACAAUGAUAAGGCUGUGUUCGUGUGCGAGACAGUCGCGCAGGCGUGCGGAGAGAUUGUUACGUGCGUGUGUCCCUCGGCGAAGACCAUAGUCACUGCGGGAACUAGCACCGUGGUGACAGUAUGGCAAUACUGGGCGCGUCGGCGGCGUCUAGCGGUGAAAGUCUGUCUGUACGGGCACGAAGAAGCAGUGACAUGUCUGGCCGCCAGCUCCGCGUACAACCUGGUGGUGAGCGGCAGCCGCGACGGCCAGUGCAUAGUGUGGGACGUGGAGCGGGGCUCCUUCGUGCGCCAGCUCGUGCCGCCCGGGGCGCCCGCGUCCGCGCCCGCCCCGCCCGUCUCUGCACUCGCCAUACACGACCUUACGGGCGACAUAGCGACCUGCCGCGGGAGCUGGCUGUACCUGUGGUCGAUCAACGGGUCGCUGCUGGGCGGCGUGGACACGGGCGGCGGCCGCGACCGCUCGCAGCAGGCGCUGUGCGCCGCCUUCAGCCAGGUGCGCGAGUGGGACCCGCUCAACGUCGUCCUCACCGGCUCCAGCGACGGCGUCGUCCGGAUGUGGUCAAUAGACUACGUGGCGGAGACAGCUGAGGAACAAGAAGAGAGUAUAGAAGCGACCAGCACUGAGAUCCCGUCAACUUCCGUUGACGUCGACAAGGACAACCUCAAGCUGUCGGUGCAGGACAGCGAGGACGCGAAGUCUGAGAAUGAUCCCAAGGAGUUCGAGCCCAAGGAGGACGAUGAAGAGCCGGACAGAGAGGCCACGAUCAAGCGAGUAGAGGAACUAGUCAAACAAAUGAGCCUAUCUCAGGAAGUUGAAGGUAACAUUACCAAGUCAGCGUCCGAAAGUUCCUUAUCAGACGGGUGCGAAACUACCAGUGCCAAGGAGUCAGCGCGGCGACACGAGGAGAAAGACGUUUGUAGCGACGAGGAGCAAACCUAUGAGGCUUCGGUCGAGAAAACUGUUGAUAUCGACUCGAAUGAGGAAACCAAGGGCUACGACAAUGAGAAGGACCUUGAAGGCGAUAAAGAGAUCGUCAGAAAUAAGCUGCAAAAGCAGGAGAAUGUUGUGCUUAGGAGAAAAUCUAAAGGAAAUCCGUUGUUCAGAAAAAGUGGCGGCAGCAUAGGCGAAUCGAGCGAGUGUGGGUCAACGGAAGCCGUGUGCGGGUCCCAGGAGAGCUCGGAGGGGCUCCGCCCCAGCAAGUCCGACACCAGCCUCAGCGACUCCUUCGUGCUGGUCUGCCGUCCCGACACACAGCACCCUCUCACGUCUGCCCCGGAGCCGAACGUGAACGUGAGAUGGAAGCGGCGGCUCGUGCUGCGCGGCAAGCUGACGAUGCACACGGCGUUCGAGCGGCGCGACAACGCCAGCCCCGCCGCCGUCACCGCGCUCGCCGCCGCCCGCUCCGCGCGCGGGCUGGCUGUGGGCGACGCCAGGGGCCGGAUAUUCCGGUGGUCAGCGCCAGACAUGUCGAGUACUUCGGGCGCGAAGGGCGGCCCGGCCGACCACUGGAUACGAGACGACACCGCACCGUACUGCACUCAAUGUCAGGUGCGUUUCACGGCGCUGGAGCGUCGCCACCACUGCCGCGAGUGCGGCGCGGUGUUCUGCGGCCGCUGCUCGCGGUACUCGGCGCCCGUGCGGCGGCUGCGCGCGCUCAGACCCGUGCGCGUCUGCCAGCGCUGCCACGACAACAUACACAACACGUAGGCACUACACUACACACGACUAACUUAAUGUGUGUCAGUGUUUAUGCGACUACUUGCCAUUGGUUGGCGGUAGAUAGUCGUAAAAUCAUGGCAUGUGCCUUUAGGCGACUUGAAUAGUCUGACACCAGUGUUAGCAACAACACACUACACAGACAGACUGUACUUUCUUGUCGAGUGUGUUAUUGCUAACAGUUACUAUCCGGGUUUAGUGACACAAAAUGAGUCAUGGUCUCCAACGCAAGACGUCACGCCACCGUCUCCGAUCCGUCAGGUGUCACCAGCUUGUAGCUCGCGUAAGUCCAUCUCCUUUUCGUGUCGCUCUAAUUAUUAUGUGUUGCUAUUGCUAACAUUGGUGUCACUACUGUACUGACCACGCUCGAACACCUGAACUGUACCACUCACCAUGUUGGAACCACUCAUCUAUGUAAACUUGGUUUUUUCUUACAAGUCUUAGGGCCUGUUUCACCUCUUUCUGAUAAAAUAAUAUAUUGUAAUCUGAGAGAUAAAACUGUUAGACAAAUCUAUCGAUUGGCCAGAUAGACCUAUUAUGAAAGACAAUUUUAUGAACAACCACUGAAACAGGCCCUUAGUUAUGUAAAUAGCAAUAUACAUUAAAAUAUACUUUAGGAACUUUCGUAAAUAAAUGUUUUAUUCUAGAAUGUGUAAUUUAACUAAUAUUUCAUUUAUUCAACAAUAAGAACUGAGUAGAUUGUUUACAUGUUUAGAACUCGUGAGAAAAAACUGAUCUUACAAGGGUACAGGUUCCCUGAAAAAAUAAUUAUACUUUUUCUAUGAGUGUCAUAAACUCUUUUAUUUAUUGGUAAAAACUUCUAGCCUGAACUGUAAUCGUUACAAUGCAACUGCGAUAACUAAAUCGUAUUAUUUACAUAUUUUUAUAUCUUUUCUGUACCAAUUUUUCUUCAUUGGAAAUUUGUACCGGUACGGGAAGUAUAUCUUAAAGACAAUUUGACACAAACUAUGAUCUCACUAAUGAUCUAUGUGGGGGUGAUUAACCCAUGCCUUUGUACAGGACAAGCCAAAAUUUAUCGAGUGGCUUAAAAAUGAAAUUGAUUACUAUUGUAUUAAAUAUUUAUCUGGGAUUAAUUAAUCGAUGUUUGUAAUGAUGUAGUAAUAACAUAAAUAAGAUUCUUUAUCACCUUUUGCGAUCAAUAUAAAGCCAAAUCCUCCACUAUCAAGCGCUGAAUAAAAGGCUAACUGGCUUUGCCAAAGCAUUAUGUAUUAUAUAAAAUUAAUCAUGUUGUUUUCGAUAUAUUUAUUUGAUUUUAUUAAUUUUAAUACUUCGCUUUUUUAUUUUACUAACAAAUUAAUAUAUAAAUCGAAUUUCUUUAUUUACAUUUUUUAAAUAUUAUCAUUAACAUGACAUGGAAAUAUUUUGAUAUGUCUAUGUACGUAAUUACUAUUUAAGCAUAAAAUAUAAUCAGUAUUAAUUAAUAAGUAUAUUGUUGAUUAAUCAAUAAAUCAGUGUGGUAGGUAUCUAUUACAGAUCUCAGUUAGAUUGAGUUUGUAUUUUUAAUUUGGAAAUGUUUCAAGUCGAAGAAAUUGUAUUUUCAAAGUUAAUUUAAAAUUUCCUUAGUUUGUGAUAUUUAAUUUAAGUGAUAUUAAUAUAUAUUUUUAAUUAUUGUCUAAAGUGAUUAGACUGUAUGUAAUGCUAACGUAAUAUGUUGUUAAAAUUAAAUUAUUUUCUAAUUUACUAGUCAUAUAUAUUUAUUAUUUAAUUAUUUUGGGAAAAAAAUCGUAGCACUCGAUUUAAUUGUAAAACAAAAAAUCCUAAUACUAAACAAUAAUUAAAUGCAUUUGUAGAUAACAUUCCUAGUCACAAUCUUUGUACCUUCAAAUUAAAAGAUGUAAAGAUGUAUUAUUUUACCCUGUACAUAUAGAAUUAUAUUCCGUGUUUAUAUGACUUACCUCUCUCAAAUCAGUGAAUCUGAUGAGACAUGUUUAGACACGAGUAAAAUAUGUACAGGGUAUGUGUAAUGAACUUAUGUAUACCUAGUUACUUUGUUGAAUUUAUAUAUAUAUUUCCCCGCUUAUUUACACUACAAAAGUUCAAAUUAAUAGUCUCCUAAUAAAUAGUGUCCGUUGUAAAGUCAGCCAUAAAUAGUUUUCUAUAUUUGUAAUUCUAGAACUGCUUUACAAAUGCUUGAAUUUCUAUGAUGGAAUUAUAAAGAAAAAAUAUGUAAUAUUAAGACCCUUCUAGGUACGAAUUGGUCACGGUAGAUAUAAUGAUUUAAACUCUGCGUGAGUGAGGCGAGUAAAAGUAAUUCACACAUUUCCUCGUUUUCUGAAUUGUACUGGAAGUAAAUUUGUGAAUACCUAUUAUCCAAUGAAAGAAUACAUCGUGGGAUAGUCGAUGAGUCCGCUGGUGUGAGAAAUGGUGAAGACAAUGGCAAACCAGGAAUAAUAAUGGAGUAUUAUUCCUAAGAAAGUUUUUUAGAUUCAGAUUCACCUAUAGAUACAUACAUUCCCAAUAUUUACAAUUUCGGAUAUGUUUUCCAGAUGUUUACUGUUUAUUUUCUAUUGCUGUAGCUAUAUGGUUUAUACAUCACCAGCCUCACUCACGCUGAGAAUAGACUUUAAACAUAAGUGGAUGUUUCUUAGUCACCCGAUCUGUAUGUAUAGGAAAAUAAUUUACAGACAAUAUAUACGUUGUUUAGGUAGUACGUAGGCACCGAAGUUUAUGCCGUUGACUAAUGUAUUCAUGUCUAAAUGAAUAAAACAAUGCAGCAAGA